AUGCGGACCAUGUCGCGGGCAGCCAAUGGCGCAGCACUGGGAGCUCCCUUAGGGCUCAACCAGCCGCGCACGCCAGAUGACGCGCUACCAGGAAAUGCGCCAAAUGCUCAGCAGUUCCAGCGUAUCGAACAGAGGCUGGAUGCGAUGGCGACACUUCUCCAAGAGAGGUUGCCGACAAGCAGUGCCGUGGAUAGAGCAUCUGAAAGAACAGACAAUCCUAGUUCAGGAGAAAGGAUGCCAUGUGCCCCAUUUCAACCGGAAUACAUCAGAUCUCAGGUAGAGAUUUACCUGGAUCACUUUUAUGACCAGCCAUAUUGUGUCUUCUCGAGAGAUAAGCUGAUGAAAGACGCGGAAAAAUUGCCUUCAGCGGUCAUGUUUCCUCUCGUCGCCCUCACCUCUCGUCUGGCCAGCAAAUUUUCUGAGGACUCGCGGUCAUAUGCGCCAAAUACAGCUGAUUGUACUAAUACGGCUUGGAACAUUCUGGCCAAUCAGUAUAGAACAGGCAACCUGUGUCUACCUUUUCUGCAGGGCACGUUCCUGAUGGCGCAACUAGAUCUCUCUGAUGGUCGGUCAGAUCGAGGUUACAAUAGUGUCGCCCUUGCACUUCGAGCGCUACAGUCAGCCGGGCUGAACAGAAGCGAUGGCUAUACCUCGAUUGAGACUAGAGCUGAUCAAGAAGACUGGAAGCGCAUUACAUGGGCGUUUUUCAUGCUUGACCGCAAUUACAACGCCUCCCGGACCUAUUCAAUCUGCCUGAGCGACAAGCAUUUCACAUUACCCUUUCCUUCUCCGAAUGCGUCUGGGACAACCCAUGGAUGCUCAACCUCAUGUGGUAGACUGUGCGAUGGGCCUGGGAAACUAGGAAAAAAGGUAGAUGACGGGAUUCUGGCGUGUCUCAUCCGGCUUUCCUCUAUCUGGGGUAAGCUCACAGAGUACGUCUUCGAGCCUUCUGAUCAGGAUAGAACCCCCCCAUGGCAGUCAGGCUCGACAUGGGCAGGUCUAGAAUCAGACUGGAUGCAAUUCCAAACGCAAUUCGCGGAUACACACCGCUACGUGAAUGUUGAUUUUUGCCGACGGGCGCGCGAGGAGCGGGGCUCGCGUGCCUACUUGUCCACCUGGCUAUGCGUUCAAUUUCUCUUCCAUUCGGUACAGGCAUUACUGCACCACCCAUUCGUCAUCACGGGUAAGCUUCGCCAGUACGGGCAGAACAUACCUUCUACCUUUCUGCAGAAAUCAUACGAGAGCUCCGUAAUUCAUUCCAGAUGGAUUGCCCGGUUUGUGCGGGAGAUGGCCGAGGUGGACUUCAAGCUCUAUGACCCAUUCAUUGGGUAUCUCUGCGCGAUUGCGGCCACGAUUCAGUUGGAGCAUACUCAGAGUAAAAAGCAGCAAGUUGCCCGCCUGGCCAAGAAUGACUACGAAACGCUGGUGGCAUUCGUGACUGGUUUAUCUGCGUACUGGGGGAACAUGGGAGUCUUGGUGCGUGAACCCAAAUUGGCUAUUGUAGCAGUGCUAAUGCUUCUUCAGGCCGACCGGUUAAACAAAAUUGCUGAACGACGCAAGAACUAUGGUUCACUCUACGAUAAUCAGGAAGAGUUCUCCGGCAUUCUUCCCUGUAUGCCAGCCUCGUCUGAUCUACCUCGCAUGUCUGCUGAGGACGAGGGUUUAAUGUGGGAUAUUCUUGACUUUGGUACGUCCUGUGGCUUUGCUAAGGCAUCUAUAUUCGAUGCCUCCAGUUCUGCAGGCGACCAGCAUAUGGGAGGAGUGUCUGUGCUGCUGCCUCGUGAUGAUUCUUCAUCGACAGGACAUGAUGUAGUAGGGGAGGUAAUGGUUGAUCUUCCAAGACCACGAGCUCAAGAGCAUCGGCCGGCUACAGACUCUCUUGAGCAUUAUCUUCCACCGGAGUGGCCGAUAUCAAAUACUGAUGAGUUGGGAUUGGCGAUGCCUGAUGCUGCGGACUGGUUGCUCUUUGGAGGUUAUUUGCCGGAGCAGUUAUGA